UAUUAAUUCUAACGGUGGGCCUAGCUGCUACAACAAGAACCCAAAAUGUGACUGUUGGAGGUUAUUACCCAGGGGUUAUUGUAAGUAUAGAACUCCUAGCUUGGUUUUGGGUCAUUUCUUGGAAUAAUUGGAUCAAACUUGAUAGAAAACAAGAGGCAAAUGCUGGUUGCAUCGAUCGUCUUCAUCAGCUUUGGCGUCAUUGCUGCGUUCUGCUGUGCCAUAGUAGAUGGAGUCUUUGCUGCCAGACACAUAGAUCUGAGGCCGCUGUACGCAGGACGAUGUCAGUAUUAUUCCAAAAGUACAACCCCGCCAGAGGCAAUCUGUCACCCGCAACGCCGUGCACCCUGCACACCCAAAAUAAAAACCAACACCUGCUUCUGCUGUGACCUGUACAACUGUGGAAACAGAGUAGAGAUCUCUGGAGGCUACUAUGAAUAUAUUGAUGUCAGCAGCUGCCAGGACAUCAUCCACCUUUACCACUUGCUUUGGUCUGCAACAAUUUUGAACAUAGUGGGGCUAUUCCUAGGGAUCAUUACAGCAGCGAUACUUGGAGGCUUUAAAGACAUGACUCCUUCCCUCCCUGCGCUGAACUGUACAGUUGAAAAUGCACAUCCUUCAGUAUCUUAUUAUUCAAGGCCACAGGUGACAUCUUACAACACCUACUACCACAGCACUCCUCAUCUGCCUCCUUAUUCCGCAUAUGACUUUCAGCAUUCCAGUGUGUUCCCAGCCUCUACUCCUUCCGGCCUCUCAGACGAUCCCCAGUCAGUGUCACCGUCUCCCAGCUACAUGUGGUCCUCUAAUGCUCCUCCUCGUUAUUCACCACCGUAUUUUCCACCUUUUGAAAAGCCACCACCUUAUACACCAUAAGAAAUGAGGAAGAGAAGAAGGAAAUAUUUGCCGUUGAAAUAAUUGUGAACAUUUUGUAUUUAUAUUUUACUGUGGGGGGGAGCGGAAGGAUAGAUAAGAAGAGAAUGAAUAAUAUGAAUACCAGAUUGGACUGUUCUUUCCUGCAAGACUUGUUUUAGAGGUUUAACAGCCGGGUAUGAGGAAGGAGACAUAACUGCUGAUGUUUCAGUGCCGGUGAGUAACGAGUGACCUAAAUUCCAGCCUCUGUUUUACAGUGAGGUUCUCG